AUGCUACCGGCACCUCUUGUCAGUGUUUACCAGCAGUACAAGGACGACACCAAUGCUGUGGCUGCAUGGCUUGCUUCCACGGCCAAGUCAUGCGGUUACUCCGCGGACCUGCUCUCUGGAGGUUCUUCCCAGGCGACCGGCCCUGAGCGGUCCAAACGACUCAAGGGAAAAGCCAGGAAGCAGGCCAAGGCCGCAGCUCCAAAGCCAGAGGGUUCCUCUUCGGCCACUUCCCGCCCCGACUACACCAUCGCCAUCAAGGACUUCAUUCCGCUCGCCGAGUUUGUGGCAGCAGCCCAGAAGCCCGUCGUCUCAGUCCCUCUAGCCUUCGCUAACACACUCAACCGUGUCAUCUCCACGCGGUCUGGAUUUGGCGGUCGGCUGGCUGAACUUGGCAGCUCCCCCUCUGCAUCAGCUGAUUCUAAGCACUCUUACUUCGUGGGCGUCCUGGAAAAGGUGCGAGAGGUUCUCAAGCCGCGUGUUCCGCCUGCGACUCAGGAUGCUGCCAAUCCCCACGCUCCUUCAGAUACCUUGGACGAGGUCGGCGGUAGAUUUGCAAGACUCAGUGUCUACGAACCAUCCGAAGAGUUCCUCAACGCCCCAGAUAUCGAGAGGCCAGCGCCGGUCAAGGACGACAACGCCACCUAUGUUGCCGAGCCUCUACAAGAUCUGGAGGAGGUUCUGUUUGCCUACACCCUCAUGAUCAACGAUUUGAUCAAGAUUCGGGGCCGAAUCGAGUGGAUCUGGACCAACUAUCGUGAUGGUCUCUUCGAGCUGGUAGCUGCCGCCAUCGCGACAAACACGGCCUGUGACCUUGCUCGCAACCUGAUGGAGGAUAUGGCGCCGAUGUUCAAGGCACACGGAGGAGCGAUAGAGAUCGCAAAGAAGUUUCAUCUCUACCAGUGCAUGGUCAAGGGCUUUUCUCUCAACGAUAUCACUGACUCCGGCAACGAGUUCAACUAUGAUACGUAUGAUAUUGCCACUGAUACGUACAUGAUCGCCUUCAUCAUGCUCGAGAGCUUCCUUGAAGUCUUGGACCCUCGCCACCUGCCCCUCUACAAAGAGGGCAUGUUUGGCACAUAUGACGCGACCCGGGAGUGGAGCAGAAUGCCCAAACGAGAGAAGUUCCAACAGGACAAGAUCCUGAUGAUGGAAUUCUUCACUGAGCUCGCAACCGUCGUUCGAUGCGUUCCAAACUACCCGGUCUGUGACGAAUUCAUUCGUGGCAUGCAGGAACUCGAUCGAACCCGAGAGAUCCCCAUGUACCUCGCCUUUGCGGCUCAGAUGUUCCUCGAUAUCCACCACAUCCUACGUGGCCGUGUUCACUCGGCGCACGAGACGUGCAUGUCCCACAUUGGUCUCAUGGACGAAGAUCUUGGACUGCACCUGGACUUUCAUACCAAGCUCCGUAUCAACCACUGGCCCCCAUCCAACGACGCGAUGCUGAAGGAGCUUCGAAAGAAGAUCAAGUGGAUCCAAGAUGACCCUAUACACAAAGCCAAAGUCAAGGUCUUCAGCCAAUCGGGCAUACCUUGCACUGCGCCCAUCCACCGAAUCUUGAACUAUUCCCCUGUGAUCUCGGGCCUCAUGCUCUAUCAUUUCCGCGCCGAGACAUACGAUGUAGGCCUCGCAGUAGCCAACGCAUGGGGCUCGAUCGCCUAUCCGUUGCACCUGUACACUGCGCUACAGCAGGAGAAUCUCUUGUCACCGCAUCAGGUCUCCUCGGAGUCUUGGGAUGACAUGAGUGUGGUGCUCACGAUGCUGAGCGAGGAAAGCUUCUACGUCGGCGCUGAACUGCCCAAGAACCCGCAUGACUACUUCAAGAAGUUCUGCCUCCAGAUGGGCACCACGGCGUCCGCGUUCACCAACAGCAAGCAGAAACGCACCCGCAACCUCGAGAACCUCCUCUCCAAGAGCGGACCCCGCGGUAUCAAGGCCGACUGCGCGCCAGUGUCUGACAUGUUCGCCGACCGCUACCUCCGCAACACGGGCCAGGUGGACUGGACACCCGAGCACGUGGACAGCGUCGUCUCUCGCAGCCUGUGGGAGGAGGAAGGAUCGGAGGAGGAGGGGACUCUCCUCCUGGGCCAGAUCGACGACCCGGAGAAGCUGCGCGAGCGCAAGAGGAAGAUAGCCGCCGGAGCGGCGGGCAGACCGGCUGGCAAGAAGAAGACAACAGCCGAAGGCGCUCGGAUCCCCCCGGACCGGCUCAUCAGGGCCCUGGUCCUCUCCCUCCAGGCCGAGUCGCUGACGCUGGCGUUCCCGUACCUGACACUUCACCGAACGGCCUGGGGCGUGCUCCGUGCGCUGCGGGAGGCAUGUGAGCCUCUGCUGUUGGAGUUGUAUGGCCCUGCGUACAUGGAGAGGGAGAACCAGCUGCCGUGGGUGGUGGGUUGGAUUUUCAUGGCGUUGGUGGAGGGUGACCCCAGGCUUUUCGUCAAGGCUGGUGAGGCUGUCAAAGAUCAACUUCGACGGGGUGAAGGCACCAAGGCCAUACAGAAAUUGCGAGGAAUGGGAUUUGACCUGGUGAUGGAAAACGAAUAA